CCAUCUUGUCCCUUAAUGACAUCACAAAACUCACCAACUCUCUGAUUUGUCCAAACUGAAUGGUCAUACCCAGAAGAAUCAUAACAUGUUUAUAAAUAUGUGAAGACUAUAUCUGUUGAGGACUGAGCCAGCAAAAGCAUUGUAGAAACUUUGUAAUGUUAUUCCUAGUACUACUCCUUUCUCUUAGCCUGGCAAAGGGAGAAAAUUGCUAUAUUCUGGAAAACCCAGAAGAUCCUCUGCUAUCAAAAGAUGGAGAUGUGAUCAUUGGAGCUAUCUUUUCAGUACAUAGGGGUACACAGAUGCAGUCACUGCCAUAUACUGAAAAACCUAAGCCUUUAAUCUGCAUCAGAUUUAACCUCAGAGAAUUACGCUUUGCUCAGACCAUGACUUUUGCAAUCGAUGAAAUCAACAGAAGCAACAGCUUGCUCCCAAAUAUUUCAAUUGGUUACAAGAUUUAUGACAAUUGUCUCUCAGGAUUGCUAUCUAUGAAGGCAGCCAUGGCUUUGAUGAAUGGUCAGGACAUAACAGCAGAUGCCUGCUCUGGACAAGCAGUAGUACAAGCAAUUAUUGGGGAGUCAGAGUCUACUCCUACUAUAGCACUCACAAAAACUACAGGACCUUUUAAGAUCCCAGUGAUAAGUCAUGCUGCCACAUGUGAAUGUUUGAGCAACAGAAAAGAUUACCCAUCUUUCUUCAGGACCAUAGCAAGUGACUACUACCAGAGCAGAGCAUUGGCAUAUUUGGUCAAGCACUUUGGCUGGUCUUGGGUGGGAGCUGUGAACAGUGAUAAUGACUAUGGCAACAAUGGAAUGGCCAUUUUUCUGAAUGCAGCCAAAGAGGAGGGAAUAUGUGUUGAGUACUCUGAGAAGUUUGACCGGACAGAUAAUGCCAAUAUCAUCAAAGUGGCUGAUACUAUUAAGAAAGGCACAGCCAAAGUAAUUAUUGCAUUUCUCGCUUACUUUGAUAUGAACAUUUUAAUAGACCAUCUUAUUCUAAAGAAUGUCACUGGCUACCAAAUGAUUGGUGUAGAGGCAUGGAUUACUGUUGUCGAUCUAGCAACACCAGCAAAUUUCAACAUAUUGGCUGGAUCCAUUGGUUUUGCUAUGGGAAAAUUGAACAUUAGUAGUUUUGCUGACUAUGUUGUAAAUGAAUUUUGGCAUACAGUCUAUCCUUGCUUGCAUACAGAGUUAAACAUUUCUCAUACUGAAAACAACUGCAGCAAAUAUGAAGAUAUGAUUCCAUUUAAAAAUUACAAUGAAGAUGUAUCUAAAUUGAGAUAUGCAAAAAACAUCUACAAUGCAGUUUAUGCUGUGGCACAUUCUCUACACAGCCUGUUGAGAUGCACAGAAAACAAGAGUUGUGAGAAAGACAAAACAGUACAACCAUGGCAGGUUGCUGAGUCUCUAAAAAAGGUAAAUUUUACUACCAAAGUAGGAGAACAGGUUUGGUUUGACAGCACUGGGGCAACGGCUGCAAAGUACGAUGUGGUGAACUGGCAACGAGGGUUCAGGGGAGAAGUGGAGUUUAAGACAGUGGGUUAUUACGAUGCCUCACUCCCAAGUGGCCAACAGUUUGUCCUAAAUGUUGAGGAUAUAGUGUGGGCUGGAGAGAAAAGACAGAAGCCAAGGUCUGUGUGCAGUGAGAGCUGUCCACCAGGAACCAGGAAAGCUGCACAGAAAGGAAGGCCUGUCUGCUGCUACGACUGUAUACCAUGUGCAGAGGGAGAGAUCAGUAACCAGACAGAUUCAAAUAACUGUGAGCAGUGUCCAGGAGAAUAUUGGUCUAAUGCUGAGAGAGAUAAAUGUGUGUUAAAGGUCAUAGAGUUUCUUUCAUUUACAGAGGUUAUGGGGAUAGUACUGGUACUUUUUUCCUUGUUUGGAGCUACAUUAACUGUGUUAGUAGCUAUUUUAUUUCUAAUAGAAAGGGACACUCCUAUCGUUAAGGCCAACAACUCUGAGCUGAGCUUCCUGCUGCUGUUCUCCCUGACUCUGUGUUUCCUCUGUUCACUUACUUUCAUUGGACAGCCCUCUCAGUGGUCCUGUAUGCUGCGCCACACAGCGUUCGGGAUCACUUUUGUCCUCUGUAUCUCUUGUGUUCUGGGGAAAACAAUAGUGGUGUUAGUGGCCUUCAGGGCUACACUUCCAGGCAGUAAUGUCAUGAAAUGGUUUGGGCCUCUACAACAGAGACUCAGUGUACUUGCCUUCACUCUCAUACAGGUUCUUAUUUGUGUGCUUUGGUUAACAGUUUCUCCUCCUUUCCCCUAUAAGAACAUGAACUACUACAAGGAAAAGAUCAUAUUAGAAUGUAACUUGGGCUCAGCUAUAGGUUUCUGGGCCGUGCUGGGUUAUAUAGGAGUUCUUGCUUUUUUCUGCUUUGUUUUAGCUUUUCUCGCUAGAAAGUUGCCAGAUAAUUUUAAUGAAGCUAAAUUCAUCACAUUCAGCAUACUCAUAUUCUGUGCUGUGUGGAUAACCUUUAUUCCAGCUUAUGUCAGCUCUCCUGGAAAAUUUACUGUAGCUGUGGAGAUAUUUGCUAUUUUGGCCUCCAGUUUUGCGCUAUUAUUAUGUAUAUUUACACCUAAAUGUUAUAUUAUUCUGUUUAAACCUGAACUAAACACAAAGAAAAAUAUGAUGGGAAAAAUGCCAUCUAAAUCACUUUAA